AUGUGUGUCUUUGCAGGGAUGAGCCCGGCCUCUGUGACUCUGGCCAGUGCCCUCCAGGUCCGGGGAGAAGCUCUAUCUGAGGAGGAAAUCUGGUCCCUCCUGUCCCUGGCGGCUGAGCGGCUCCUGGAGGACCUUCGUGAUGAUUCCUCGAACUAUGUGGUCUGCCCCUGGUCAGUCUUGCUUUCUGCGACCGGAAGUCUUUCCUUCCAAGACCAUGUUUCCCGUAUAGAGGCAGCUCCUUUCAAGGCCCCUGAACUGCUACAGGGACAGAGCAAUGAUGAGCAGCAUGAUGCAUCUCAGAUGCAUGUCUAUUCUUUGGGAAUGACUCUCUACUGGUCGGCAGGGUUUCACGUUCCACCAAAUCAGCCCCUGCAGCUUUGCCAACCCCUGCACUGCAUCUUGCUUACCAUGUGCGAAGACCAGCCUGGCAGGCGGCUGCCUCUGCAGUCUGUCCUGGAAGCUUGUCAGAUUCAUUGGGAAGAAGCGGCUGUCCAUCCGACUUCUGCCAAUCUCCACGUCAGACAGCUGGUCGGCUUGGUCCUGGGCACCAUCUCUGAGGUGGAGAGGAGGGCCGUGGAGGAGAGCUCCUCUGGGCAGCGAGACAGAAGCCACCUGCUCAGGAACAGGUUGCAUCAAGCGAGCUAUGAGAGCCAGGCGGCGUGGGCUCUGGGGUGUCCGCAUCGCUGCAGAGUUUCAGAGAGAAGCACAGAGACCCAGAGCUCCCUGGAGCCCGGACUGAACACCUCAGCACACAGUCGCUAUAGCAUCUCUGUGAACAGCGCCCUUCCAGUUCAAGUUCCCCCAGAUCUUCAGGAAGGCCGACGGCUCAGCUCCGGUUCUGCUCUCCCAGAAAACUCACGGCCGGCAACUCCUUCCCAAAGGGGUUUUUUGCAAAGAAAGGGAAAGUUCUCCAGGCCGGAGUUCGCCCUGAUGGCUGGAGAGGCUCCGGUGACCUUGUAUCUGCCUGGAUCAAUUGUGACCAAAAAAGCCAAGUCCUACUUGGCUCUCAGGGGCCUCCGUGUGGUGCUGCUGAGCGGGCAGUGCCUGGAGGUGAAAUGUGACAUCACAUCAACAGUGGGAGCUGUCUUCAGUGCCAUUGUAUCCUUUGCCAACCUUGGGGAGCUCACCUACUUUGGCUUGGCUUACAUGAAAGGUAAAGAGUUCUUUUUCUUGGAUGCUGAAACCAGGUUGUGCAAAAUUGCCCCUGAAGGCUGGAGUGAGCAGCCCCAGAAGAAGAGCUCCCCAAAUACUUUUGUGCUCUUUCUAAGGAUAAAGUUCUUCGUGAGUCACUAUGGGCUGCUCCAGCACAGCUGGACAAGGCAUCAAUUUUACCUGCAACUUCGGAAAGACAUCCUGGAGGAGAAGCUGUAUUGCAAUGAUGAGACUCUGUUGCAGCUGGGGGUCCUUGCCCUGCAGGCUGAAUUUGGCAGUUAUCCAGAGGAGCAGGUAGAGAACAAAGCCUAUUUUCGAGUUGAAGAUUAUAUCCCUGCAAGUCUCAUUGAGAGGAUGACGGCUCUCCGGGUCCAAGUGGAAGUCUCAGAGAUGCACCGCCUGAGUCCUGUGCUUUGGGGAGAGGAUGCUGAGUUGGAGUUCUUGAGGGUCACUCAACAGCUCCCAGAAUAUGGUGUGCUGGUGUACCAAGUUCUCCCAGAGAAGACAAGGCCAGAAGGGGACAUGGCCUUGGGGAUCUGUGCCAAGGGUGUCAUAGUAUAUGAAGUGAGAAACAACACCAGAAUUGCAACUUUACGGUUUCAGUGGAGAGAAAUUGGAAAGAUUUUGGCUUAUCGAAAGAAGUUCAUCAUCACAAGCAGCAUCACUGGGAAAAAGCACACAUUUGUCACUGAUUCAGUCAAGACCUGUAAAUAUUUGCUGGGCCUGUGCUGCGCCCAGCAUGGGUUUAACGCUCAGAUGAGCUCUCCUGGAGUUACAAGUGACUCUGAUAAGUGUGUGCAAAUGGCCAGUCUGAGUCUUGCACACCUGGCCCAGUCCAACCAACUCACUUGGAUUCAGAGACUGUCAUGCUCAGAAAACGCGCUCUUUGUACCCGGACUGGAGGAUGCCACGGGAGGCUUGCUGCACAGGUCCCUGGAUAACUUCACCAUGGACACCAGCAAGGGGACGAGGGCACAAGGACUCAGAGGCAGCCCCUGCCUUGGCCGAGAGCAGCUGGAGCGCCUCUGUUUGAUUCAGAAGCCAACAACUUGUGACCCUCUCUCUAGGCAGCCUGCUCAGAGCAUGCUCACAGGAUCACAGAAUAACAGGAGAAGGAGCUUUAUAGCUGAACCAGAUGGAGAAAUUGUGCAUGUGACUCUGAGCCGGGACCCACACCGUGGUUUUGGUUUUGUGAUUAAUGAGGGGGAAGAUGUAGGCAAAGUCGAUCCUGGCAUCUUUAUAUCUUCUAUUAUACCUGGGGGACCAGCUGAAAAAGCCAAAAAGAUCAAACCAGGAGGGCAGAUACUAGCCCUGAAUCACAUCAGUCUGGAGGGCUUCACAUUCGAUAUGGCUGUUAGAAUGAUUCAGAAUUCUCCUGACAACAUAGAAUUAAUCAUUUCUCAGUCAAAAGGUGUCUGCGGCAAUACCUCAAGCGAGGAGAAGAAUAGCACAGCCAAUUCAGGGGUAUUCUCUACAGACAGCCUGAGCAAUGGACACCGGGGAAGUUUUUCAUCACACGCACAGGACCGGGAGAGAAAUAUCGAAGAACUGGAAAUGGCUCAGACUCAGAGUUCAAUGCCCAGGUUGAGGCCUCAGCUGUCUGCUCUGCAGUUAAAGGGUGCUGGUUCUUCCUGUCCUCCAUCACCUUCAGAAACCAAUGCCAGCGAAAUUUACUUCGUGGAGCUGGUUAAAGAAGAUGGGACACUUGGAUUCAGCGUGACUGGAGGAAUUAACACAAGUGUGCUCUGUGGAGGUAUCUACGUGAAAUCCAUCGUUCCCGGAGGGCCAGCUGCCAAGGAAGGGCGGAUCCUGCAGGGUGACCGGCUCUUGCAGGUGGAUGGAAUGAGUCUGUGCGGCCUCACCCACAAGCAGGCCGUGCAGUGCCUCAAGGGCUCUGGACAGGUUGCAAGACUGGUCUUAGAAAGAAGAGGCCCCAGGAUUGCACAGCAGUGUCCUUCUGCUAAUAACAGGAUGGGAGAUGAGUGCACGGCUGUUUCCUUGGCAACAGUCUUGCCUGGAAGGCCCGCAAGCAGUGUCUCGGCGACAGAUGGCCCCAAGUUUGAAGUCAAGCUAAAAAAGAAUGCCAGUGGUUUGGGAUUCAGUUUUGUGCAGAUGGAGAGCGAGCACUGCGGCCACCUCAAGAAUGACCUUGUGAUGAUUAAGCGGCUCUUCCCUGGGCAGCCGGCAGAGGAGAACGGGGCCAUCGCAGUUGGUGACAUAAUCCUGGCUGUGAAUGGAAGGUCCACGGAAGGCCUGGACUUCCAGGAGGUGCUCCAUUUACUUCGAGGAGCCUCACAGGAAGUCACGCUCCUGCUUUGCCGACCCCCUCCAGGUGCGCUGCCUGAGAUGGACCAGGGCUGGCAGACACCUGUGCUCACAGCAGACAAAGAAAUCACCAGAGCAAUAUGCAGUGACUUGGAGCAGAGCCCCAGUCUGGAUCAAGAGGACAGCCGGAGGGACAGUGCCUCCCCAGACACAGGGGAAGGCCUGGGUCUCCGGUCAGAGUCUUUCCAACAAGCCAGCCAAGAGGCACAAUGGGACCAAGACAUAGAGAGACCCUGGGCCGCUUCCUUGGCUGGUCCUCAGGAUUCCUUCCCUCAUUUAUGCAGACUUCACCAAGAAAUGGAGGCAUCAACACUGGCUACCUCUUUGGAGGAGGAUUUGAGGCAAAACUGUGAUUCAGUUUGUGAUAUCAGGAGACUUGGAAGAUUUUCCUACUCAUCGUCUCUAACCAGACUCUCUACAGAUAUUUUCUGAGUACCUUCUUUGCAUGUUGGAAGCCCUAUGCAAAAUGCUCUGUCAUCUUUAUGAACUGCUCUUUCUAAUAAAAAAGGAGUGUGUGGUGACCUUUGGAAGCCCCUGGAAGCCUUAUUCUUUCACCAUUGCUUCUGCAACUUCGUCGCCAGACAAUGAGUCUCACCGUUCAUCUGCUUCCUAUGUCACACAGGGAGUAAAUGUUACUCCAGCUAGCUGCCUCUCCAAAUAAGCACUUUUGCGAUGCUCAGAAAAGGACCUGAUAUUUGCACAAAGUGCUUUGAAGGUCAGAUACUUGAGUUGUUCUGAGCCUCUUGCUUUGGCCCUUUCCAACUAAUUCCUCUGUUGAAAGAACUGUAAUCAUAGUAGUAAUCACGGCCUCCUUCAUUUACUGAGAACUUACCCUGUACCAGGAGCCAUGGAUGGCUGUAUCAAAAUUAUUUAACUUAAGCAUUCCAACACUCCUAUAAGUUUCUUGACCUUCCCAUUUUUUCAGAUGGAAAAACUGAGGCUCUAAAGAAGUUAAUAAACUUGCCGGAGGUCUGACUGUCUUCCCAUAUGAAGCAUGGGUCAGAGUUCUGCUUUUGAUCCAUGUCCUCUGGCGAGUCCCCCCACCAUCUCCAAGACUCAGUAAGGAGCACGCCCACUCUCAUAACAUUCUGUACUGUAGCACUAACUACCUCAUUGUAACAUCUGUUCACUGCUCACUCUUCCCAUUGAAUCACGGACUCCUCAGGGUCAAGGGCCAUGCCCUGUUCACUCUUCACCUCCUGGCCCCAGAGGAGUCUCUGGCAGGAACUGUUUGAAGCCUGACUGGCUUGCCUGUGACAUGUCAUGACCAGCAUCCUGAAGGCAAGGGAAGGUGGGGAGCGGGAUUUGUGAUCAACUCUGGAAGACACGUGGAUUUCUGUCUUCUAGUCCUGAACUGUACAGUGAUAAUGAGGAACGGGACACGUACCAUCCACCUGGAACCCCUUCUCCUAUCUUGGAGGAUGAAGCAUAUCUGACUAUCAGCCCUUCAUCGGGAGACCAGCUACCCUGUGGAGAAUGUUUGGAGGCAGAUUCAGGGACCAUUCCCUUACCACAGUUCUCUUCCUGGGGUACUUUCUCACAGACUUGGCCUCCAGAAGUGUCCCAUGAGAGUGAGAGCGAGUGGGAAGACCUUGAGGAGGCCGAGGACCCAGAUGACAGCACCCUCAGGUGAACAGAAAAAGUGGGACAUUCUCCAGAGGCAGAACCCGAGCGUUUCUGCCUGGAUGUCCUUCUGACCCUGAUCACAUGGAAGAGCCUCAGAUGUUGGUCUAAAGAUUGUACCCACAUACUCUACAAUCAGGAAGGAGGCCGGCAGGGCUCUGAGAAGGUGACCUGGGAUGGAAGGUCUGGCCCACUUAAGAAGUAACUUCAACAACAACAAAAAAGCAUGCCUGUCACUUCUAAAACUCUUUUUUUGAAUAGUGAUUGUGACCCUCUUUAGU